AGCAGGAAAAGGGCUUUUUUUCUCUGUUGGGUAAAUUCCAACGCAUGAGUUGGUGAUACAGCAGCUGUAAAUGACUGUAGUGACUGACACUGCUACUGUACAGCUGUCUGUCUUAAUGAUUCUGCUGGAGCACUUUGACCCGUGGUGACAACGUGACUUGGAAAAACUGCUCCGAUGACUACAGAAAUCGACAGGAGAAUCUCAGAGGAUUCAUGAUUUCAAUUUUUUUUUAUGGUUUCUCUUGUGGCUUGGUUAGUGGAAUUGGUUUGUGACGGGACUUCAGUGACAUCAUUCUUUAGGUGGCGACAGACAAGGUAACAGGCAAGCUGAGUUCAACUCUUUCAUGGGUGAAGAACUCAGUGUCGCAUACGGUGAGUCAGAUGGCUAGUCAGGUGGCCACGCCCUCUUCGCUGCACACCGGUGUGGCAUCGUCAACCGCCUCCCUGUCGUCGCCCUCCUCCGCCUCCCCGGCCCAGCUCAGCCCGGAUGAGUUGGAGCUAUUGGCUAAACUAGAGGAGCAGAACAGGUUGUUGGAGACGGACAGUAAGUCUUUACGCUCUGUAAAUGGCUCUAGGAGAAACAGUGGCUCCUCAUUGGUGUCCAGUUCAUCAGCCUCUUCCAAUUUAUCACACCUAGAGGAGGAUUCGUGGAUACUGUGGGGACGAAUCGUCAACGAGUGGGAAGACGUGCGGAAGAAGAAGGAUAAGCAACUGAAGGAUUUGGUUUGCAAAGGUAUCCCCCAUCACUUCAGAGCAAUAGUAUGGCAGCUGCUGUGCGACGCCCAGAGUCUGCCCAUAAAGGAACAGUACUCUGAGUUGCUGAAGAUGACCUCGCCGUGUGAAAAACUCAUCCGAAGGGACAUCGCCCGGACUUACCCUGAGCAUGAGUUCUUUAAGGAGGACAGUCUGGGACAAGAGGUGCUCUUUAAUGUUAUGAAGGCUUAUUCUCUGGUUGAUAGAGAGGUGGGCUACUGUCAAGGAAGUGCUUUCAUUGUUGGCCUUCUUCUAAUGCAGAUGCCAGAGGAGGAGGCUUUCUGUGUGUUUGUAAAACUGAUGCAGGACUAUAGGCUCAGAGAGCUUUUUAAACCCACUAUGGCUGAACUGGGUCUUUGCAUGUACCAGUUUGAAUUUAUGAUUCAGGAGCAGCUCCCGGAGCUUUAUGUGCACUUCCAGUCUCAAAGUUUCCACACCUCCAUGUAUGCUUCAUCCUGGUUCCUAACCAUCUUUCUUACCUCAUUUCCUCUUCCUGUCGCCACUAGGAUCUUUGACAUAUUCAUGUGUGAGGGUUUAGAAAUAGUGUUUCGUGUGGGGAUGGCCAUCCUGCAGAUGAAUCAGGCAGAACUCAUGCAGUUGGACAUGGAGGGGAUGUUGCAGCACUUUCAGAAGGUCAUCCCUCACCAGCUGGAUAGUGGACCAGACAAAGUCAUCCAGGCUGCUUAUCAAGUCAAAUACAAUGCCAAGAAAAUGAAAAAAUUAGAGAAGGAAUACACUACAAUCAAAACCAAGGAAAUGGAAGAACAGGUGGAGAUCAAGAGACUACGAACAGAGAACAGACUUCUGAAGCAGCGAAUAGACACAUUGGAAAAAGAAAGUGCUUCUUUGGCAGAUAGAUUGAUUCAGGGUCAGGUGACACGAGCCCAAGAGGCGGAGGAGAGCUAUCUGGUCAAGCGGGAACUGGCUACGGUUAAACAACAUAACGAAGACACCAGCGCGCAGCUGGAGCAGGCACACAACACCAUCCGACAGCUCCAGCAGCAGCAACCCCAUGCGAAGAUGAACCCGCGGUACUCUGAGGAGUUUAUUCUUCAGUUGGAGAGAGAGCUGGUGCAGGCCAGACUUAAGGAUGCUGAGUCUCUGUGUGCGCUGAAAGAGAUGCAAGACAAGAUCCUCCACAUGGAGAAGAGAAACGCAUCGCUGCCUGAUGAGAAUAAUGUGGUACGGCUACAGGAAGAGCUGAUAGGUGCAAAGCUGAGGGAGGCGGAAGCUCUAACAGGCCUUAAAGAACUUAGACAGCAGGUCAGAGACCUGGAGGAACACUGGCAGAGGCAUCUGGCGCGCACUGCUGGCCGCUGGAAAGAGAGCCCACGGAAGAAUGCAGUUAGCGAAUUGCAGGACGAGCUGAUGAGCGUGAGGCUCAGAGAAGCAGAAGCGCAGGCUGAACUCAGAGAGAUCAGACAGAGGCGGCUGGAGCUGGAGACUCAGAAUCAAAUACAUGGUAACCAAUUACGGCGGGCGGAACAGGAGGCACACCACCUACAGGAGCAAGUGGAGGUUUUGACCAACCAGAACAAGAUGGUGCAUGCAGAGCUGCAUGAGACGAAACGGAAACAGGCUGAAAUAGAGUGCAAGAAUAAGGAAGAGGUAAUGGCAGUGAGAUUGAGAGAAGCUGAUAAUAUAGCUGCCAUGGCUGAACUACAGCAGCAGAUCUCCGAACUUGAGAUUCAGAAAGAGGAAGGAAAGGUCCAAGGCCACUUAAACAACACAGACUCCAGCCAGUACAUCCGAGACCUCAAGGACCAGAUAGCAGAUCUCAAGCACGAGAUCCGAUGUUUAAGAGGAGGGAGGGGCCUUCCCGACAAACCAAAUUUUGAUGGGAUUCAUAUAGUCAAUCACUACGGUGGGGACAACGACUCGUACCAGUCCUCUGAUGAAGAUGGAGUGAAGAUGUCACCCCACCUGACUGGUCAUCAGAUUCGAGGCCGGAUCACACUACAUCCAAACCUUGAGGAUUCUGAGAGUGAGGAGGAUGAGGAUGGAGACGCCCUACAACUUACUGUGCCCUCAAAUGGCAGCUGUAAGACAACUUCAGUGUGAUCGUGCUCAUCGAUGACAGAGACUGUCAUCUAAAGACUGGGAGGAAGAGCAUGAAGCUCGUAUAAAACUGCCUACAUUGCGUUGAGCAUGGGGCCGCAGCUGAGAACUUGAAAACGCAGAACUCUGGAAUCAUAUCUCUCAUUAAGUCAUGGUUUACAUCUGGAUCUGUUUUGUUUCUGCCAAAAUGCGUCAGAUGUUUGUCGUGGCACUUUAUUAUUUUUAGGUGCAACGUGCCUUUCUAGACUCUUCGAGAUCAUAGUCAUAAAGAUCAUCAUAUUGUGGCAGGACAUUCGCAAACCUCAAAUAGCCCACAACUGUUUCUUAUUACGAGAAGAGACAUUGUAUGGUAAAGUGUUUUAUGCAUACGGACAAAUUUUCAUUGUCAUAGCUUUUAUUUUUUAAAUCAUGCUUUUUUAAACAAUGAGACACCAGCGAGUGUUAGCUCG